UUGCGUAGAAACAUUUUUUUCCCCAUCGGAGAGAUUCGAGAUCUCGCGGCUCCCGUCGUCUCUUCUCCGCUCAGCUAUUACCUCCGAAUCAAUCGCUAAUCUACUGUUAGGCUUCUUAGAUUUGAUUUUUUUGGCGCGUAAUCAUAAGCCUUCGUGAUCGAUCUAGGGUUUCCGCGAGAUCUGAGAUUUCAUCUUCUUCUUGGUCAUCCCUAAAUCGUAAGAAUGUCUCGGUGUUUCCCGUUCCCGCCACCUGGAUAUGUAGUGAACGGAAUCCGCGAUGAGGCUAUGAUCGAAUCGAUCAAGGGGGGAGAGGAGAAAUGUGAUAAAGAACUAAGGAGGAAGGAGAGAAAAAGAGAUAAGAAGGAUAAGAAAGGAGAUAAGGAGAAGAAGGAUAAGGAAAAGAAAGAUAAGAAGGAUAAAAAGAGGAAGGAGAGGGAAGGUGAAAGCGAAAAACACUCUCAUAAGAGACGUCGUAAAGAAGAAGUUGUUGCCAAAGAUGUUCAGAACAUCCAGAAAGUUGAUGUUUUUGGCAAACUAAAAGAAAGUGAAAUAAACUGUUUGGAGAAGAGCAGCCUUACUGUGGAACCUGAGCUGGUUCAGUCCACGUCUCAGAACUCUUGUGAUAGCACUCUUAACAGCAAUGAGAAGGACAAGAAGCAGCCUUUCAAUGCUAGACAUAACAGCAAUGAGCUACCUAAGGAGGAGAUGGAGAUGCAGAUGCAGCCUCUCGAUGGUAGUAGACAUAACAACAACGACUCUGAAAGCAUCAUUCGGAUUCGAUUGCCUAUACGAAGGCCGAAAGAUCCUGAGGUGAUGAUGAUGAUGACCAACAAGGAUCAACCUUGUCCUUCCCGGGAUAUAAAGUUAGAUAGUCUUGUUACUAAAGAACAGCCGCAACAACGUCCUUGUUCCACUUCUGCACCAGAACAAGAGAAGAGAAAAAAACACACUUCCUCAAGGAAACACAAAGAGAAGAAAGUGCCGUCUUCUACUCAAGAAACUUAUCAACCUUCAAGCCUAUGCAGGUUGUGCCCUCCAUCAUUGGCGGAGCACUUCUUGAAUGUAGUUGAGAAUUGGGUCCCUAACACGAUCGAGAGCAGAGUAGAGCUAACUAACUCUGAAGAUGAAGACGAAUCUUGGUGGUUGGUGAAGAAGAAGCCAAGUAGCCACAAGAUCGACACAAGCAAACAGCUUAACAGAAACAAUGAGAUCAAGGAAGUAGUAAUAAGCAGUUCAAUAGCAUGGCCACGUGCUAGCCUUUUACCAGAAGCUGAUGUCUACGCCUUACCUUACACCGUCCCUUUCUGAUAACAUCAAAGACUCAAAACCUGGUCGAGAUAUCUAUGUACCGGACUCGGACCAGACAAUUUUUUGGUUUAGCCUUAAAUGUUUGUUUGUAUAAGUACACUGUUCGUUAUUCUUAGUAAAAUCAGUAUUACGCCUUA